AUGAUUACUCGUUUCGAAGAUCUUUCUAAUGAACUUCUCUAUGAAAUAUUCGAUUAUUUUGAUAUUUGUUAUAUAUAUGAAACAUUUUCUUAUUUGAACAAUCGUUUUCAUCAUCUCAUUCAUUAUUCAUCUUUACCUUUAAAUUUAUCUUUUUCUUUAAUGUCUAAAACAACAUUCGAAUAUCGAUGUAAAUAUAUAGUACUACCAAAUAUACAUCGUAUCCUAUCGAUUCAUUUAUCAAAUCUUCUUCUUAUCGAUUAUUUCUUCACAUCAUGCACAUUUGAUUAUUUAUUUACACGAUUAGAAUCUUUUACAUUAAGCAAUGUUAAAUCUGAAAAUCUUAUUUCUAUUUUAACUAAUUUAGCAUUUUUACCUCGUUUAUUCUCUCUCAAUGUUACAUGUAUUGAUAAAAUUAGAUCUCGAAGUUUUAUCUAUUAUUUAAUUAUUUCUCUACCUGUAUUAAAAUAUUGUCAGUUAUAUAUUGAUAUAUGGAAUGAAGAUUUUGAUUACUUAAUACCUAAUAAUAGAUAUAGUUCGCUUGAAUAUCUUACUAUUGGUACAAAAUGUAGUUUAAAUGAAUUAUGUGAACUUCUUAUUUAUACACCACAACUCAAACGUUUAUCAUGUACAUUAUCAGCAUCAAAUAAUUCAUUAAAUGAAAUAUCUCAAAUUCCAGUAUGUUUAAAUACUAUUCAUCUUCAAUUAGAAGAUAUAUCAUUUGAUGAAUUUCAAUGGUUAAUAUCGAGUUUUUCUCUUCAACUUCAAGUAUUAUCUGUAUCUACUCAAGGUGAUAUAGAAUUUUUAGAUGCACAUCGUUGGCAACAAUUUAUUUCAUGUCAAAUGCCAGUUUUAAAAAAAUUUUAUUUUCAAUAUCAAACAAUGAUAAGCGGUCUUUUAGUCACUCCUGAAUAUUAUUACGAUCUGAUGAAAGAAUUUAAUUCUUCAUUUUGGCACGAAAAACAAUGGUUUUUUACAUAUCAACAUUAUAAAUCUAACGAUGGUGAUUCUUGGAUCACAUUUUAUUCAACGAAACCAUACAGAUGGAGUCGAUAUGAUUUUCAUGAAGUUAUAAAUCAGCAUCAUGAAACUGGUCUUAACUUAGCUGAUGAAGUAAAUUUUUAUAAUUAUCAAACGCUUGCUCAAUAUCCUAUUCAAUUUACACAGACUACACGAUUGAAUUUUUCCCAAGGAGAUAUUACUCAAAAUCCUUUAUUUAUAUCUGAUCUUACACAUUUAUUUUGUCCUUCAAAAAUUACUGAACUAAUUAUUUCGAAUGAAAAAUUUCGAUUCGAACAUUUACUUUUACUCUUACAUGAAUUUCCUAAUAUACAAUUUUUAACAAUACCACAAAAUAUACUUUAUCUAUCUUUACCUCAAACUGAUACCAACCGUUUAAUAAUCAAUAAGAAUAAAAUUAUGAAGGUAACAAUUUUGAAUCAAUGUACUCUAGAAGAUAUUCAAAUACUUCUUCGUUGGUGUCCGAAUUUACAAAGUUUGGAUAUCGAAGUACAAAAAGAAAAUUUACAAUUAAUUAUAUAUUUUUUAUUAUCGAAAAAUACAAAACAAAUUCAUCGUAAUCGAUUACCAUUAUCUCUCAAUUUUAAAAACAUUAGUUUUUGGAAACAAGAAUAUAAUGAUUGUAUUUCUUGUAGAAAUAAGAAAAAUUUCAAUUCAUCAAUAUUUUCAAUACCAUGUAAUCAUCAUCUUUCUUUAUUAUGUUGUCGAAAUAUAAAUUAUAAAAUGAUUGAAAAAUUUCGAAUAAUGAUUAAUAAAGAGAAAUUACUCAAUGAUUAUGCAAUUGAAUAUUUGGAUGAAGAUAUGUAUUUAUGGUGGUAA